AUGGCCUACUACGACGAUCGUCACUACCAUCCCGCCCGCGAUCGAUACCCCCGGCCAGGACCCCCCAGCUAUGAGGAAAACCCCUACUACUACGGUGAUCCUCGCAGUCGGGCCCCAACGGAUCUUGUUCGUCGUCGCGACGGAAGCAGCGAGUCCUUGGAUGACGUGCCCCGUCAUUAUCCCCCCAGCGAUUAUGGCUACGAAUACGGUUAUGGGUACCCCCCGAAUUCACGACGGUCUCGAGGGGGUACCGGGCAGGAGGGGGUGCGCAGAUCUCAUUCGCUGAACGGCAGGAGGGGAGGCUAUUACGAGGACUCGGAUUACUCGUAUCGACCCCGCCAUGAGCAUCGUUCGAGACAUGAGGGCGACAGACGUGACCGCCACAAAUACUCCCGUUCUCCAUCAAGCAGCCGCUCUCCACAUCGUAGACGGCGCAAGUCUUUUUCCGAGCAGGCCCUGGGCGCUCUUGGUCUGGGAGCAGCAGCGUCGUCGUCGGCUUCCAGACACCGUGAUCAUAGCCGUGGUCGCUCCCAUGGUCACAAUGGCCGGUCACACUCGUACUCUCCCUCGCGCUCUCGCAGCAGAGACCGUCACCGUCGCGGCAUAAGCGAGCAGCGCAUGGCUCAGGCUGCCCGGGCUGCGCUGACCGCGGCAGCUGUCGAGGCCUUCCGUGUUCGCAAGGAACCCGGUGAGUGGGCCGGCGAGAAAGGCAAACGGGUCCUCACGGCUGCAAUUACCGCCGCGGGUACAGAUGGGCUGGUCGACCGUGACCCGAACAAGCACUCGAAGCGCCACAUCGUCGAGUCCACUCUUGCGGGGCUGGCGGCCAACCAUUUCGUGAACGGACCACGGUCAAAGUCGAGAUCCAAGUCUCGCGGUCGUGGCUCCGACAGCAAGCUCAAGAACCUUGCCGCCACGGGCGCUCUGGCUGCAGUCGGCAAGGAGGCCUACGAGCGCUUCAAGUCCCGCUCCCGGUCCCGUCACCGCGGCCGGUCCAGCUCACGCGACAGCUACGAUGAUAGUGACUCGCCGCGUCGCCAUCGCUCGCGCAAGCGGAGCAAGAGCGUGUCGGACUACAUCAACCAAGGCAUGGAAGCGCUGGGCCUAGGGGACAAGGACAAGGACAGGGAUGACCGGCGAGGAAGACAUCGUGGGCGGCCCUCACGCUACGAUGACUAUUCGGACAGCGAUCGGGAUAGUGAGCCUGGGGCCAGACGGGCCAGGCACUCCAGAGAUGUAGGUCGACCUCGUUCUGUUUAUGCCACGCAACGGCCAAGUUCUGCCAUCACCACUACGUCGGGAGCCAGGGCCUCACGUGCUGAUGACGACGGCUUCCACCACUCCACCUCGGACAGUGAAUCAUCUUCUGACCUGGGAGACAGUUCCGAUGAGAAAAAGAAGCGCAAGAAGCUCAACCACCAGGCCCUCAUGACGGCAGGUCUAGCCACCAUAGCCACGAUCCACGCAGCGCACGGGCUGCACCAGAACAUGGAGAAGCGCAAGCAGCGCAUGAAGAUGGUGAAGGAGGGCGAGAUGUCACCUGAAGAAGCCCGCCGGCGGCGCAUCAAAGCCAACCUCGCCGACGCCGCCAGCAUCGGCCUCUCCGCGCUGGGCAUCAAGGGCGCCAUCGCCGAGUGGAAAGAAGCCGACGAGAAACGCAAAGAACGCGCCGAGUUCAAGAAGAAAUGCGAGGAACAUCGCCAGAAGCGUCAGCAGCGCACGCGCAGCAAGAGCCAGAGUGCCGCCGGCCCGCCCCCGCCCUCCUGGCGGACCGUCUACCCGGACGAGAUCGAGGAGAAUGCCAGUUCUUCGGGAUACUUGCGGUCACAUGCUGGGAAGGUGCGAUCGCCAAGUGUCGGGGCGGAUAUGAGAUACCGGUCUUCGUAUUGGAGUUGA